CUAAAAAGUCAGUUACAGUGCAAUUGGUGCAGUAACCGCAGUAGUCGCAGUAGUCGGAUUUGCCUCUCCGAUAAUCUUCGGGGCAAUAAUCUUCGAAGCGUGGGGUUUACGAGUGAUUUACUGGUUUAACGCUGGUUAAACCAGUAAAUCACUGCUUUAACUGCUUUAACGAGUAAGGUACCACGACUUCUAUGCGCUUGCUUGGGUAGCCUUGUCUUACAUGUACUGCACUGUACCACUGUCAAACUUUCCGAGCUAUCACUUGCUACUACUACUACUACUUAACUGUACCUUCUCAGCCUCGUCCUUUGACUCCUUUGAUUGGACCCAUUUCAACAAACAUCUUUCCUCCCAGUUCAUCCAUCUCAUCCACGCAUCCACGGCGCGCAUCUCAGUGACGACUAUUCGACUCAUCGGCCACUUCUCAACACGUACAGAUCGCGUCACAACUUGCGCCUGCCUCUCUAUCAUCAGCGGCGUCGAAGUCAACCCUGGAUACAAUUCACCGAACGCGCGAGGCGUCGUGCCCGUCGAGGUAACAGCCAUUCACCCAUCCACCCUCACCAUCAUCACCACCACAACAACCUCACCUCACAAUGGCGACCUCACCUCCAUACGCCCCCCAAUAUGGCGGCACCUCCGUCUCCCCCCCCUAUCCCUCUCACACCCCCCUCCCCUCCAAACGCCGCACAACCGACCCCCACUCCUCCGCCAAACGCCGCAAACCCUCCACAACAAGCACGCACUCCGCGCACCCCCUCCGCCAAACCUCCUUCCCCCCCGACGGCCUCAACCCCGAUGGGCGCGCCUACUCCGCCGACGCGCGCUCUCCCUCCUUAGACGCAACAAGCAUGGUCUCCGGGAGCGUCGUGUCGAAGCCCCCCAAGAAACGGGGUAGGAAAGGGAAGGGUGCGGGCGGGGAUGAGGGGAGUCUUGUGGGAGGGGGGAGUACGGCGAUGUCGAUGGUUUCGGGAGGGGGGAGGCAGAGGGAGGGGACGAGGGGGGUGAGUCCCGAGGAGGAUGAUGAGGAGGUUGCGACGCUGGAUGUGGCGCUUGUGGCGCGCACGAAUGAGGAGAAGGAGAAGGAGAAGUAUUAUCGCGCGUUGCUUGUUGGGGCGCUGGAUCCGGAUCAGUAUGCUAGGUAUGAGAGGUGGAGGUCUAGUAAGCUUGCUGAUGCUGUGGUGCGACGGCUCGUCAACCAAACGCUCUCCCAAUCCGUCCCGAGUAACGUCGUCAUGGCCGUAAAAUCCGUCACCAAAGUCUUCGCCGGCGAACUCAUCGAGCGCGCCCGCAAGAUCCAAACACAAUGGCUCUUCGCCUCAUCCGAAUCCCAGAUCGACGACCCUGACGCGCGCGGCGCCGCACCCGUAGAUACCAGCAAGGACGUCCAGCUAUGGGAAGCGAAUAAGGCGGAGGAAAGGCGCGGGCCGUUGACGCCGGAGCACUUGCGUGAGGCGCUGAGGAGGUAUAAGGCUGAGAGGGCGGGGGGGCUGGUGGGGUUGAUGGGCUUGGAUCGCGGGCAGCAUUCGACGGGGGCGGAUAGGUUUGGGUUGAAGGUGAGGGGGAGGAGGUUGCUUGGGUAG